UCGGGCUGAACCGAGCCGGACUGGGCUGAACUGAGCCGAGCCCAGCCGAGCAGAGCCGAACUGAGCUGAGCCGGACUGGGCUGAACUGAGCCGAGCCCAGCCGAGCAGAACCGAACUGAGCUGAGCCGGACCGGGCUGAGCCGGACCGGUCUGAACCGAGCUGAGCCCAGCCGAACAGAGCCGAACUGAGCUGAGCCGGACCGGGCUGAGCCGGACCGGGCUGAGCCGGACCGGGCUGAGCCGGAUCGGGCUGAACUGAGCCGAGCCGGAUCGGGCUGAGCUAAGGCAGUCUUUGCCCUGCCGGUUAGUGUCGUGCAGAGCCCCCCCGAGCCCAGCCGAUCUCAGCCGAGCCGAGCCGAGCCGAGCCGAGCCGAGCCGGGGCAGGAUGCUGCGGUACCUGCUGAAGACGCUGCUGCAGAUGAACCUGUUCGCCGACUCGCUGGGAGCCGAAGGCUCGAACUCCUCCUCGCUGCUGCUCGGCAUCAACCGCUCCAUCGCCGCGCUCCACCUGCCCGAUCUCACCCCCGGUAACGGAUCCCACACCCCGCUGGAGGACACGGCUCCCCGCAUCGUGGAGCACCCCACGGAUGUCCUGGCGUCCAAGGGGGAGCCGGCCACGCUGAGCUGCAAGGCCGAGGGGCGCCCGGCCCCGGUGGUGGAGUGGUACAAGGACGGGGAGCGGGUGGAGACGGACCGGGAGGAUCCCCGCUCGCACCGCACCCUCCUCCCGGGGGGGUCCCUCUUCUUCCUCCGGAUCCUGCACGGGAGGCGGGGAAAGCCCGACGAGGGCGUUUAUGUCUGCGUGGCCAGGAAUUACCUGGGGGAGGCCACCAGCCGGAAUGCUUCCCUGGAGGUGGCCGUGCUGCGGGACGAUUUCCGACAGCCCCCCGGGGACGUGGUGGUGGCGGCGGGAGAACCGGCCGUGCUGGAGUGUGUCCCCCCCCGCGGCCACCCCGAGCCCAGCGUCUCUUGGAAGAAAAACGGAGUCCGGGUCAGCGACAAGGACGAGCGCCUGACGAUCCGUGGUGGGAAGCUGAUGGUGGCCAGCACUCACAAGAGCGAUGCUGGCGUCUAUGUGUGCGUGGCCACCAACGUGGUGGGGGAGAGGGACAGCGAGCCGGCCGAGCUGGUCGUCUUUGAGCGCCCAGCAUUUGGCAAGAGGCCCCACAACCAGGUGGUGCUGGUGGAGGGGACGGCGGAGUUUGCCUGCGAGGUGAUGGGGGAUCCGCAGCCGGCGGCGCGCUGGCGCAAGGAGGAGGGUGAAAUGCCACUGGGAAGGUGGGAGGUGCUGCCAGACAACACCCUGCGGAUCAGGCGGCUGCAGGUGGAGGAUGAGGGCACCUACACCUGCGUAGCUGAUAACAGCGUGGGCAGGUCGGAGGCAUCGGGCACCCUCACUGUGCACGUGCCCCCCCAGCUUGUCACUGGGCCCCGUGACCAAGCUGUCACCCCUGGCCAGAGCGUGACUUUCCAGUGCCAGAGCAAGGGCAACCCACCACCCGCUGUCUUCUGGCAGAAGGAGGGGAGCCAGACCCUGCUGUUCCCGGGCCAGCCUCCAGUCCCUUCUGGCCGUGUGUGGGUGAGCCCCAGCGGUGCUUUGACCAUCGCCAACGUCCAGCCCAGCGAUGCCGGCCACUACCUGUGCCAGGCCAUCAGCGUGGCCGGCAGCGUCCUGGCCAGGGCAGGCCUGGAGGUGGCAGGGGCACCCCCUGAACUCCAGCCGCCGGUGCUCAGCCUGCUUCCCACUAACCGGACGGUGCUGCCAGCGGGGGCCACAGUGCGGCUGCCUUGUGGGGCAGGGGCCCCUGAGCCCCCAGCCAGCGUGGGGUGGCUGAAGGAUGGCAGUGUCCUGGUAGGUGUCCAGCCCCGUGCCAGCCUGCUGGAGAACGGCACCCUGCAGAUCACCGGCCUCCGGGUGAGAGACUCCGGGCUCUACAAAUGCGUGGCCACCAGCCCAGCGGGCGAGACGAGCUGGGGCAUCUCCUUGGAGGUACAAGGUGAUGAAUCCGACCUCUCCCUGCCUUCCCCUGCACCUGAUCUCCUCCCUGGGCCACCCUCCACCCCUGUGGUCACCAAUGUUACCAAGAGCAGUGUCACCCUGAGCUGGAAAGGGAACGAGGACAGUGGUGCCACCGAUGUCACCUCUUACAUAGUGGAGGCUUUCAGCCAGGCGGUGGGUGGCCCAUGGCGGACAGUGGCAGCUGAUGUGGAGAGUGAGACCCACACGGUGACCGGCCUUGUCCCUGACACUGUCUACCUGUUCUUGGUGCGGGCGGUCAAUGCCCACGGGCUCAGCGACCCCAGCGGCGUCUCGGAGCCUGUGCGCACCCAAGACACCAACCCCAUGCAAGGGCUGGAUCCUGAGCAGGUGCAGCAGGAGCUGGCACAAGUGGCUGUGCACCUGAAGGAACCUGUGGUGCUGCCCCUGGGCACCGUCCACCUCUCCUGGACCGUGGAGCACCAGGCACCCUUCCUUCAGGGCUACCGGGUGCUGUACCGGCAGCGCGGCGGGCGCUGGGAGGAGGCACGGACAGUGUGGGCACCAGGGGAGCGGGGGGCCCUGCUCACCGAGCUGCGCCGGGGCCAGGACUACGAGGUCAAGGUCCGACCCUAUUUUCAUCAUCUCCAUGGUCCCGACAGUGCUGUGCGAGCUCUGCGCACCCCUGAAGCGGCCCCCAGUGCCCCACCACGAGCUGUCAGUGUGGCUGGGAAUGGAACCAGUGUCCGCAUCUCGUGGCAGCCACCACCUCUGGCAGAGCAGAACGGGGUCAUCCGCGAUUACCGGAUUUGGUGCUUGGGCAAUGAGAGCCGCUUCCACAUCAACGAGAGCGUGGAGGGGACGGUGCUGGCAACAGUGUUGCGGGGACUUGUCCCCGGGGUCCCUUACCGUGCUGAGGUUGCCGCUGCCACCAGUGCCGGCGUGGGUGCCCGCAGUGCCCCGGUCCCCAUCCACGUCGCCCCCCUGGUGGAGCGAGACGCGGGGCCAGCAGGCGGGAGCAGCUUGACUGAGCAUUUAGCAGAGGUAGCCAGGCAGCCAGCCUUCAUUGCCGGCGUUGGUGGCGCUUGCUGGGUCGUCCUCGCUGCCUUUGCUGCUUGGCUCUACAGCCGCCGCCGGAGGAAGAAGGAGCUCAGCCAUUUCACUGCAUCCUUUGCCUACACACCCACCGGUAAGCCCGUAAGCGCUGCGGGGUCCCAGUACGGCCUCUCGCUGCCCUCACCCCCAUCUCUCUCCACAGUCUCCUUCCCGGCUCCAGUGCGCAGCAACCCCAGGGCAGCUGCCGGCGGUGGUUACCCGUGGCUGGUGGAUGCAUGGCAUGGUGGCAGCACAGCCAGUUCUGCCGGUUGUUUGGGGAGCACUGAGAGAUACUACAAUGAUGCUGGCAUCACUCGUUACAUCGCCCAGACGGAGCAGUUUGGAGCGGGGGCUGGCGAGGGGCCGGUUUACAGCACCAUCGAGGUUGACAGUGAGGAGCUCUGCACAUUCCCCCGUCCCUUCUCACAGUAUGGGACCUCCUACCCUGGGGGUGGUUCCCAGCCAAUGGAUGCUGCAGCCUCCCAGGUGCCCCGUGGCCGGGCUGAGCACGGUAGGGUGGUCGGAUGGGUGGGGGCACAGGCGGGUGCUCGUGGUGCGGUGCCCUCCCCACAGCCCCCCCAGCAUCCCUCCUUGGCACAGGGGCCAGAGCAGCUGGGGCAAGCAGUGAAACCGCCGGUGGUGAGCUGGACAGAGCUGCUGCCCCCACCGCCCUCAGCCAGUGAGCUCAGCCAGUGUGCCCAGGAGGAGGAGAAGGAGGAGGAAGAGGAGGACGAAGAGGAGUGGUCUCCACCCUGCAGGCUGGGGAUGGAGGUGUGGUACCCUGGUGAGGACAUGCCCUGUGCCACUGCUGCAUCCUCACCCACCACCUCCUCCGGCUGCCGUUCCACCGCCACGCUGACACCAUCACCUCGCACCACGGAGGACAUCCCUCGCCUCCGCGACUUCGAUAGCUCCCUCCUGCCCCGGAGACCCCCCCACGGUGUCAGCACCCCCCCACAGGCACCCAGUCCCUCGGUGACUCCGGAUGCCAGCGAGGGCCACGCACCCCGAGACCCCUGCCCUCCUGGCACAGGGAAAACCCGCGGGGUGAUCUCCAAAAGUCGCCUGAAGCCCAAAUGCAGCCGCUACCGCCGGGAAAAGCAGACGGGAGGUGAGCGGGAGGAAAGAACCAGGGCGUUCAGGAGGCUCAGGGGAGCUGAGCCCUCUCCUCUCCUCCCUCUCUGCCGCAGACCUGCCGCCGCCGCCGCUGCCGCCGCCGGGCGAGAGCCCCGGUCCCUCUGCGGAGCCGGAGCCGAGCGGGGCUGAGCGCAGGGGCGCGCACCGCCCGGCCCGCGGCCGUGAGCCAGAGCCGCCGACCGCGCCGCGAAGGGGCUGGGGGCGCCGCUGCGAGCCCCGGCCUUGUCCCUCCCCUGCAGAUGAG